AUGUCCAACACCGAAAGCGUUUCUAUAUGGAGCAAACGCUAUCGCAUGCAAAUAUUGGUAACCGUUGUGGCUCAUAUAAUGACCUUUACACAUGGCAUCAGUUUGGGUUGGCUCUCGCCCAUUAUACAAGUUCUGCAAUCACCUGAUUCACCGCUAAAUUUCACAAUCACCACCGAUCAGGUGUCUUGGAUUGGCUCAUUAUUUGGCAUUGGCUUUUUAGUUGGUAAUAUUUUCUUUGGUCUCACUCUGGAUCGCUUGGGUAGGAAGGUCAAUAUGUAUUUACUGGCUAUUCCGCAUAUGCUUUUUUGGAUUUUGAGCUAUGCAGCACAAAGCAUAGACUAUCUGUAUGCGGCACGUUUCUUCGCCGGUUUUACGAGCAGCGGCCUGUAUGUGGUCAUACCGAUCUUCAUCAGCGAAUUAUCAGACAAAGAAAUACGUGGCGGCCUCACCGCAAUGGCUAUGGGUUUCCUCAGUACCGGCAUUUUGGUUGGCUAUGCGCUGCCUGCAUAUCUCGGCUACUUCUUGGUGCCUUGCAUUAUAAUUGUUUUGCCGAUCAUUUAUCUAAUUGCUAGCUGGGUAUUUCCAGAGACGCCACAAAGUCUGCUGAAGAGAGGACGUACUGUAAGCGCGGAAAAUUCUUUUAAUUUUUACAAAAGUAUACCCAAGCCAGAGGAGAAUACGACACCAAAAUUUAGUAGCGACUUGGAAUUACCACGGCCUGCGUUGCCGGCGCGAAGCGAGUUUGAUGAAUUGAAGGAGAUUAUUCUGUCGAGUGGAUUCGCCACGCCCAUAACUAUAAAGGAUUUCUUCACCAAAUCGGCCAUAUUCAAAUUUUUCACCGCCUUCAUUAUGUGCAUUCUCAAUCAAUUCUCCAGCAGCUUCGUCUUUGUCAGCUAUAUGUCCGCUAUUUUUGCAUCAUCCGGUUCGACGAUGGACCCCAAUGAGUGUACUAUUUAUAUGGGUGUGGUUGAGAUAGCCGGCACGGUGACGUCCACUGUGCUAGUAGAACGUUUCGGUCGCAAAGUACUGUUGCUUUCAUCAACAGCGACGAUGGCAGCGUCGAUGUUUGCUUUCGGCAUUUUUGUCCAAUUCACCGAUGACGUAACGAAGGCACAAUACGAAUGGGCGCCAGUGUUGCUGAUGGCUUUGGUUGUGUACACGGCCGCUUUUGGCAUUGUUGGGCUGACCUAUACGAUUAUUGUGGAAAUUCUGCCGGCAAAGAUUCGCGGUCAAGCUCAAGCGAUAA